AUGGCUGCCCAACCAUUAACGGGACUUUCCUCCGACGCCGACAAGCUCCACCCGUCGCUCGAAAGUCCCUCGCUUUCUAACCCGGACAGCCGCCAGAGUCCCUGGUCGCUCAGACGGCUGCUGAGCGGGCGCGGGAGCCGCAGAUAUCGUGUCUUGGAGCGAGAGCCGAAUCGGCUGCGGAAACGUGUCCGGGAAAACGAAGAGGGCUAA